GAUUCGCCGGAAGAUAAUAUCGAUAGCGCGCGCGCGCGUUGUGAAACCUUCAGGGUGUUUAGAAGAAAGGCGGCGUUUAUAUUUCCCGUAUAGUUUGUUUCAAACUUCAAGACUGUAUGGAAUGAGAAACAUGUGGGUGACAAUCUGUCUUGCUCUAUCCAUCUUGUGCUUUACAUGUGUUUCUUGUGGUGUACAUCCAGAUGGAGUCAGUCAAGUUUCCCGAGCUCAAGAUGCCCUGGGUAAUUACGAAUUCAGUUAUUCUGUGAGCAAUGGCGAAGGGGAACAGUUCCGCAGAGAAGGAACUGAUCAGCUCGGCCGUGUCGUAGGAUCAUAUGGCUUGACGCAUCCCGAUGGAAGACAACGAGUUGUAGACUAUGUUGCCGACAAAGCCGGCUUCCGAGCCCAAGUGCGAUCCAAUGAACCAGGAAUCGCCACUUCAGACUCUGAAGCGUUAACAGUAAUAAACACGAACCAUGAUUCCCCGCUAGCAGUUGCAGCAUCUUCUUUAGGUGGUUACGGCUCGAGAAUAAAAACUCAGAUUUCUCGUGUGGCUUACGUUGAACCAGAAAAUCCCCCCGUUGAGGAAAUCGAAAAACAAGAUGAAGCGCCUCGGGAAUCCAGACAAAGUAGUUAUGACGACUAUCGACCUCAAAAUCCUGUUGCCUAUUACCCAGGAGAGUCACCAGUCGCUCUCAAGUCUCUAAACAACGCCGCCUACGAAGCUGAAAGAGUAGAAAACAGGCCAAAUAUUCUACCUCAGGAGUCUUUAGAAGACGGACGGCCUUUAGAUGUUUAUUUACCACCUAUUGAUCCCAAUACAGCAGUCAGAAGACCUGCCUAUUACUUGCCAAAUGAUGGAGAUGCGGAGGAAUCGUAUCAGUCAACAACAUCACGACGUCCAUUCAUACCACCAUACGGUGGAUUUGACGACGAUCCUUUGCCUGUAGCGAGACGACCAGGAGUUCCACUGCCCAAUGUGCAUGGUGAAGUAGUUCAUGACCACUUCAGAGAUUCCUCUCCAACCCCACCCACUGCCCUUUACGGAGCAGGAAGGUAUCCUUCUGCUGAAUUACCAGUUCCGCGCGAAUUUGAUUCCUCUGUUUUCCCUCCCAGAUCAAAUUACCCACCUAUUCCAAGAUCACCAGGUGGUUUGCCUCCACCUAUUACAAGAACACCAAGUGGUUUGCCUCCACCAAAUUCUCAAACUUACCCUGGAGUUCCUUUCAAUCCGCCCUCUUACGAAGGGGGAUUAAGCCCCCCAAAUUUCGUGCUGCGAGCUGUUCCUAUUCCAAAUGGUAUCCAAGCAGUACGAGUGGAUCCUAAUACUGGAAGGGUUUACGAAAGGGUAGUAUAUCCACUAUUUUUGAGGCAUGAUGGUCAUCCAGAUUAUGAUAGAAACAUACUCCUUCAUAAUGAUGAAGUCAGUGGUAAUGACGCGAUCAGGGACGACAACCAUGGACACUAUGAUAUUCCUUUCCGAAGAAGACCAAGUUUCCGCGGAGCAAGGAACCAACCAUUUUCUGAACAUGAUGAUUUUGGUGGAUCUCUACGACAAGUGAAUAGAUCGAAUGCAAUUGAUUUGAAAAGCUUGAGUAUACCAACUGCUAAAGAACUAUCUUGGCUUCAUCAGCAACUAGCUGCAGUUGAAGGAUUUAACCGAAACGGAUAUCCAAAUGAAAACGCUUUGAACAAUCAGCAAGUGGAAAACUCAAGGUAUCCUGAGUUCGACAAUUUUGACGAUUUAACGAGUGUGCCCAGGGGUCCUUAUUUUCAAUCACGAUUCCCACUUUCGGGAUCAUUGGAUCAUUCAGGAAGUGACACAUACGUCCGGAACACUAGACAAGGAGAAAAUCCCAGCCCUUCGGAUUCCAAUGAAUCUCAAAUCGUAAAUUUACAAGCAAGUAGUUCAGAUCAUUCCGAAACAGGAAGCAAUGUUUCAAAUGAAAAUAAAAGCUAAAAUCGGAAUAUUUCAAGCAGACUGCUUUUGACAGUUUUUAAUUUAAAAAGCAGUUUUAUAUGUGAAAUAAAACUGACUCCAGGAGAGAAUAUUUAUAAACUGUGUUAUAAUUCAGGAUCAUAAACCUGCAUUUAACUUCUCUCUCUCUUCCGUUCAUCUUCAUUUGUGUACUCUUUUGUACAAAAACUAUUAGUGAUUAAAGUGUGAAGAAAAAAGUCUUA